GUGCUAGAUAGUUUACAGUAUUAAAACAUAGUCGGCAGAGGAUGGAUUAUUAAUUAUAUCAACAGGAAUGUCUCUAGCCCCGCAUAGCCAAGCAUGCUGCAGCAUCCGGGUCGAGAAGUCAAGUAAUAAGCAUUCACUUUCGCUGUCUCUAUUCUCCACCUUAACCUUCUCACUUUAGUGGCCGGUAGUUGCAACUAUGAGUUCGCUGUUGCUUACAACACCACCCAAUACUUCACCGCCGCUUCUGCGACUCCCGUCUGAGUUGCACUUGGCAAUCAUCUCGUUUCUCCCAGAUCUCAAGGACGCCAAAGGCGAGCAUGAUCUAGCACUUCUCCAACUUCGCCGAACAAAUCGUUACUUUCGCAACCUUGUACCUCCCCCUACCCACAACGAUCUUCUCUCUCUCGAGUUAGCUUUGUGCAAGUACUCAGUAUACGCCUGUAAAUUCUGUCUUCGUCUCCAGCCAAAGACAAAGUUUGCUUAUGCUAUGCUCAAAGGCAAAACAGGAGUCAAUGGCAAAGCACGGGAUAGAAGAUUUUGUGCAGAGUGCGGAUUCGAUACUACAGAGGUCGGGCAAAGUCAGCGGUAUUGCCCUGGUACAAAAGCAUGUGUCAACGGAGUCAAUUGGAUAUGGUGCAAGCGUUGCAAGAUCGUAAAAAAAGGGGAAGAGGCGACUUCAGUGUGUGUAGGGUUAUGUAAGGAGUGCUGUAGAUGCAGUUUGGAAUAUGGCAGUCCAUUACAUCUGAGGGCUCUAACACCACUACGAACAAGUAGUAGGCCGCCAGAAGCGAGCUCGGGGCGCAUUCGCUUAAACACUAGCGAUGAAGAUAGCGAUGGGGAUGAUAAGAUUGACGAGUAUGAUUUUUGGGAAGAACAGUUUCAGCUUGUGCAGCAGGAAGACGAUGAUUGGCGUGCGCUGUAGGGACUUUCUAGCCCAUCGAGUACUCCAUAGAGGUGUGCUGUCACGAACGAAAAGGGGGGAAAAUAAGAGGCAAAUUGAAAGAGCAUGGACGGAACGAGCGACAGCACGGUCAACGACACGCUUUUCGGCAUCGGAGGCCGAUGUGCAAGCAGAGCUCCAGUAGGUAUGCGCGUUGCAAAAAUCCUAUAUCCACGCGGGUUCAACACGUUCCAAGCUUCCAGAAGAAAGGGUCGACAUUAGUUUGCCUAUUUUGCAUCUCUAUGUGUAGCAAACACUGGCUCCUUUGUCGUGCCCCCUCAUUGUUGGACUGUAGGUACAUGAUACUUGGCACGUUGCUGGGCAAGCAGCGCUCAUCUUAAGCAUAGAAUAGUAAU